CCAUUGCGGGUGGGGCUGGGACAGAGAGGGAGUUCUCCAUUUCUCCGGCUUCUGCCCGGGCCCCUGGCAGCCUCCAGCCCCCAAAUCUCUUCCCUCGCUCCCAGGCAUCUACAGUCGCGUAAACAACUCCCUUGCUCCAGCUCUCGGCUCCGCGGCCCCCGGAGGGCAGCCCCUUCAAUCGCGUGAGACCAGGGUUGAUAUGGACCCAAAUCCUCGGGCAGCCCUGGAGCGCCAGCAGCUCCGCCUCCGGGAGCGGCAGAAAUUCUUCGAGGAUAUUUUACAGCCAGAGACAGAGUUUGUCUUUCCUCUGUCCCACCUGCAUCUUGAGUCCCAGAGACCCCCCAUAGGUAGUAUCUCAUCCAUGGAAGUGAAUGUGGACACGCUGGAGCAAGUAGAACUUAUUGACCUUGGGGAUCAGGAUGGAGCAGAUGUGUUCUUGCCUUGUGAAGAUCCUCCACCAACCCCCCAGACAGCUGGGGUGGAUGACCAUCCCGAGGAGCUGAGUCUGCCAGCACUCACACCAGACAGGACAACAUCCCGGACUUCCUCCUCGUCCUCUGACUCCUCCACCAACCUGCACAGUCCAAAUCCGAGCGACGGUGGAGCAGACACACCCUUGGCACAGUCUGAUGAGGAGGAGGAUGGGGGUGAAGAAGCACAGCCCAGAACCUGCAGCUAGCAGAGGGCCCCACCUGCAGACUGACCGAGCUGGCUUUCCACAUGGAACCCUAGACCCGGCCAGAGCCCUUCAGGAGAAUCCAGACACUUGCAGUGGGCACCAAAGGGAAGGAAGGAUGGUGGGACGGUGCCUCUCUGAGAAUUAACCUUCUGCUUUACUGCUAACCUUCUCCUGCUGCAACCUUCCCACCAGUUUUUGGCUUACUCCUGGGCUAGGACUUGCAAGUGAGGAGAUGGAAGAUGAGGUAGGACAGGAUGCCGCUGCUUUUCUUAGCAUACCUCCCUCCCCCACUCUAUCCUGUAGUCUCUAGUCGGCUCCUAAACUAGUGUCUCUAAGUGGAUGGGAACUCAUUAGCACUCCAGCAAGGUGGUACUCCCAAUUCUUUUGCCUCCUUACGUCUUUUUUGGAAAAGGACAUGGUAUAAAUAAUAAACAAGUAACAUACCAACCAUUCCACUCAUUUUUCAUACCACAGUGAUAGCAAACCCACUGUAUCUUUAGCUCUCUGACACCAUAUCUCCAGCACUCAUUUACUCCAUUUUUUUUUUCAAGAAAUAUUAUUGGACACCUGUGCUGGGCAUUUGGAAUAUAGAUAAUGCUGAGCAAGAACUGUAUUCCCCUCAUCCUAAGGUUUAGUGUCUAUGUAAGAGAAUAUCGGUAUCACAACUCACAGUGUAGUAAAGAUCAUGAAGCGGCACUAUUAUUCUGGUACCAGAAAACAGGGGUAUCUUAACCUAGCUGGGAUGGUAAUUAAGGAGCUGGUUUCUAAGCAGAAAUCUCAAGGAUGACUAGGAAUUAAUCAGGUCGAGCAAGGGGUGCAGGGGGGACCUGAUUCAGGCAGAAGGGGCAGCUUGUAAAGACUUUAAAUGGAGCUAAUAUAGCUGCGAGGAACUGAAACCAUGUUUGGCAAAAUGAUUGGAUUGAAAAACAUGAAGAGAGGUAAGACUGACAAAGGUCAGGUUGUGAAAUGUUCUGAAGCCUGUAUUAGGUUUCAAUUUGACUGCUAGUAAAAGAUCAUGACAUAAGCUAUAAAUGUAUGUAUUUCCUCAUAUAAAAGAAAUCCAAAAUA